AUGGACCAUCUCACAGCCAUCGGCCCGGCAGGGAGCCUCAUCGCCUUUAUCGACUUCUCGUUCAACCUCAUUUCUGGAGUGAACAAAGUUCUCGUCUCCUCUAGUGGGAUGACACCAGAGAACGCCAAUCUCGGUGCUUUAGUGGAAGAUUCGAACGGUGUCACUAAGGAUAUCAUUUCAGAUGUCCCCCCAGGGACAGAAAACGAAAAGAAGCUCUGCAUCCUAGCUACCAACUGCCAUACGCUGUCGAAAGAGAUAUUCCAAACUCUGGAAAACUUAAGACCCUGCUUUCUUUGUCAAACUGUGAACCUUGACCUCUACUCACAUCUACCUCCUCCCCUUCUCGCCCGUCUGAAGAGAGAGAAGUUGAUAUCUGGGCCAAAUGUGCUCCUGGAGGCAGCAAUGGAAAAUAAAAUGGGCCUCAUGGUAGAGCUAUUGCGUGAGGGUCGGUCCCCUCGGGAAAGGGUGUUGAUUUAG